AUGAGAGAUACAGAACAACUGUUAUCUACUCAUUUGGGUGAUGGGCAAGAAUUGGUGAUUACAGUUGUUUAUGCGAGUACUGAUAGAAGUGGGAGAAUAGCUUUAUGGGAGGAUCUAUAUGACAUGUAUUCACACAUCACCAUCCCAUGGCUUGUGGGUGGGGAUUUUAAUGUCAUUACAGAUGACAUUGAGAAAUUUGGGGGUCUUCCUGUACAGUUUGCAGAAACAGAGGAUUUUAGACAAUGUAUAGACAUUUGCCAACUGAUGGAUCUUGGGUUUACUGGAAGUAUGUUUGUCAUACCCCAUUUUAACCAGGCUCUGCAGAAUUGUUUUCCUAAUGUGGAGGUAGCGCAUCUCAUUAAACAAGGUUCUGACCACUCUCAUUUGCUGGUAAAUAUGAGAGCAGACAGUAGACCAAUUAGGAAAUCUUUCAGGUUUCUUAAUUUUUGGGUGGAGCAUGAAUCUUUUCUAGAUGUAGUCAAAGAAAAUUGGGUGGAAUCUUAUGGCUCAGACCCCUUCUUUAACUUUCAUAAUAAGUUAAAAAAGGUGGGAAGAGCUCUCUCUAAGUGGAGUAGGGACACUUAUGGUGAUAUCUUCAAGCAAAUUACAACUCUGGAGAAAGUGGUGCAGGUGCAUGAGCAGGAAUUUGAACAAAAUCCUAUAGGGCUUAACAGGGAAAGACUACAAAGGGUACAAGCUGAUCUGAUCAGGUUUUAUGCUAUUGAAGAAAAAUUCUGGAGACAAAAAACAGGGAUGCAGUGGUUUCAGGAUGGAGAUAGGAACACAAAAUUCUUUCAUGCUCAUGUCAAUGGAAAGAGAAGAAAGCUGCAGUUACAGAGAAUUCAAAAUCAUACAGGUACAUGGCUGGACACUGAAGAGGAGAUUGCGCAGGAAGCAAUCAGAUUUUUCUCAGACCAAUUCAAAGAGGAAAAUAUCCCUACAGAUUUCUCUAUGCUUGAUAAGAUUCCUAAAAUGGUUACAGAAGAACAAAAUCAACAGCUCUAUGAAAUGCCAGAUGAAGUAGAGGUGAAAAGAGUAGUUUUUGGUUUAAAUGGAGACAGUGCAGGGGGUCCUGAUGGUUUCACAGGAAGAUUUUUCCAAGCUUGUUGGGAAAUUAUUGCAAACGACUUGGUGAACAUAGUGAGAUCUUUCUUCUGUGGGCAUGAACUCCCAAGGAUUAGAGGAAAGCCUGCAAAUGUUGUCAUUAAGUUUGACAUGGCAAAGGCUUAUGACAGGAUAUCAUGGUUAUUUCUAACUAAAGUCCUGAGGAGAAUGGGGUUUGGUGAAUUUACUAUUGAUAUGGUGUUUAGAGUUAUCUCAAAUAAUUGGUAUUCCAUUCUGAUUAAUGGGCAACCUCAUGGUUUUUUCAAAUCAUCUAGAGGAGUAAAGCAAGGAGAUCCACUAUCCCCUACUUUAUUCAUUUUGGCUGCAGAAUGUUUGUCUAGGGCUCUGAAUGCACUGCAUACUGAGGCUGAUUACAAGGAAUAUGGGAUGCAAAAAUGGAGUCCAUAUAGCAUGCCUAUACACCUACUAUCCGCUUGUGACCCUCCUAGUGGUGUACUUGCUCAGAUUCAUAGAUUGUUUGCUAAGUUCUUUUGGAGCAACUCUGUGGGAAACUCAAGUAAGCACUGGGAAACUUGGACAACCUUAUGUCAUCUACAAGAAGAAGGUGGCAUGGGGUUCAGAAGCCUACAAGAUAUAUCUAAAGCCCUCUUUGCUAAACUGUGGUGGAACAUGAGAACCAAACAAUCCUUAUGGAGGACUUUCAUGAGUAAUAAGUACUUAAAGAAGUUUCAUGCUGUGAUAGCCCCUAGCGGAUUAGGUACUUAUGUGUGGAAGAAGAUGAUUAAACACAGAGAUGAGAUGGAACAUGAGAUAUGGUGGAAACUUCAACAAGAUUUUGAGUGUGAUCCCACAAUCAUCCUUGUAAAAGAAACUGCAGAAGUGGGGCAAUGGGAUGAACAGUUGCUAAGAAGAAUCCUUCCUGAGAAUCUAGCAGACCAUAUUGUGCAGCAUAUUAAUCCACCAAAUGAAAAGGACCAAGCAGAUAAGGCUUUCUGGAAGUUAGAUUCGAGGGGAAAAUUCACAGUUGGAGAUUUUGGAAGUUCAAGCUACCACUGGAUGAUAAGUUCAAGAAAUGGGGACACCAAUUCCCUUCCAGAUGCUAUUGUUGUCAACAUCCAGAAGUGGAAGAUACCUCCCAUGUCUUUUUACACUCACCAACAGCUCAAGCCAUCUGGAAGUAUUUUUGUGGACCAAUAUGCACCAUAUAAUUGGAGUGUGAUUGUGGAGUCAUUACAGAGAUAUUCUCCAAAGAUAAGAGUAACACCAGUGACUUGGAGAACUCCAGAUAUUGGAUGGAUAAAAGUCAAUACUGAUGGAGCCUCAAGAGGAAACGCGGGUAGGAGUUCAUGGGCCUUUUGUGUAAGGGAUGAAAGGGGAGAUGUGAUACAAGCACAGGCCAGAGAAAUAGAGGAUCUUCAAAGCACCAACACUGAGGCAGAGGCCCUGACCAUUUUACAGGCUCUCAGGUACCACAGAACAACAACACUGAAGGAAUACCAACAAGCAGCGAAACACAGUGUAAUCAGGAUACAGGAAACAGAAAAAACAAAAAAGAAUACAGAUGCAUAG